AUGGAUGACUACCUGCAGAGCUUCCCCAGCAUAGAAGAGGCGAAGAGAGUGUCAAGCGAAGUGAACCACGUACACAAGAAAGCUCGCUUCGAGCUGCGCGGCUGGGCUACGAACGAACCCGAGGUCAUCGGCAAGAAAGAGCGAGAGGGCGUCACCGUCCCUAUCGGCGGGAGCGAGAUAGAGAAAACACUCGGCCUACUGUGGGACACGCGAGAGGAUAGCAUUCGUUUCAAACUCAAUACGAGACGAGCGCCGCCAGAAGUGAUCAAAGGUCAACGCCCCCCUACGAAAAGAGAGGCCCUCAGUAUCAUCAUGUCAAUAUUCGACCCGCUGGGCCUCAUCUCGCCAGUGACGACGCCCGCGAAGAGGAUCAUGCAAGACACGUGGCGCUACACUACGGCCUGGGACGAAGAAAUACCAGAAGAGCUGCGUGAACGCUGGGGAAAUUGGCUGCAACAUCUGCGCGACCUAGGUGACCUAUCGAUACCUAGAUGCUACGAUACCGCGCCCGCGCCCAAGUACGAGCUACAUACCUUCGUCGAUGCGAGUGAAGAAGCCUACGCCGCCGCUGUGUACUGGCGCAUGACCCGAGCUGACGGCACAACAAAGGUCGCUCUAGCCGCCGCCAAGAGCAGAGUCACGCCCACGCGCCUCGUCUCGAUACCCAGACUUGAGCUCCAAGCGGCCGUCCUGGGCGUGCGACUCGCCGAGGCCGUCGGGAACGAGCACGACUUCGAGAUCGACAGUAGAACAUACUGGAGUGACGCGCGCACGGCCCUAGCAUGGAUACGCUCAGAACCCCGCACUUACAAGUCAUUCGUCGCGCACCGCCUGGCAGAAAUCGAAGAUUACACGAAAAAAGACGAAUGGCGAUGGGUACCGUCAGCACACAACGUGGCCGACGACGCGACACGCGCCGCGCCGAGCGACUUCGACACCCGACACAGAUGGUUCACCGGGCCGGCCUUCCUAUACGAACCGGAGGAGGCCUGGCCGCAAGAAAACAAGAUGAAAAUCGAGCCAACAGGGGAAGAAAAAGAAGUCUGCUGCUCCGUCGCGACGCCGAGAAAAAGCCGCGCGGCCGUGCCCGCCAUCGAAAACUUCUCGAAGUGGACAAGCCUAUUACGCACGGCCGCACGGGUGCUGCAGUUCAUCGACCUCUUGCGCGAACGACAAAAAAGUCGCGCUUCACUCGCGACACAGUGCAUCGCCGCGGCGCGAAGGAAAAGGACGCGCGCAAACAAGGACGGCGACAGCACCUGGGGAAAACGAGACAAGCGCGCUCCCGUCGUACCCAAGACGGUCGAGAAUAGCCGGAGGAGAAAAUACAUAAUACUAGAAGCCAGAUACCUACUCGCGGCCGAGAAAGUACUCGUGCGAACCUCGCAGGAAGAUAGCUAUGCAAGAGAGAGAAAGCGCAUAGCCGAGGGCCUCGCGCCGAACAAGGACGACCGGCUAGCCAAGCUGAGCGUGUAUCUCGACGAAGACGACAUCAUACGACAACGCGGCAGAAUAGCGGCCGCCGACGACAUAAGCGAAGACGCCGUGCACCCCAUAGUGCUGUGUGGCAAACAUCACUACACAUAUCUAUAUGUUUCCCACGUGCACGAACGGCUACACCACGGGGGCACCGAAACCGUCGUCAACGAGCUUCGCCAACGUGUAUACAUACCGAAGAUAAGACCUGCGGUGAAGAAGGUGAUCGCGCGCUGCCCCGAGUGUCGACUACGCAAGGCGAAGCCCGCCGGCCCGCCUACAGGGGACCUACCUGCCGCCCGGCUGGGGCAUCACCUGAGGCCCUUCACAUACACGGGGCUUGACUACUUCGGCCCGCUUGAAGUGACCGUCGGCCGACACCGAGAGAAGAGAUAUGUCGCGCUGUUUACCUGUAUGACGUCAAGAGCCAUACAUCUAGAGGUGGCCGCCUCACUAACCACCGACUCGGCCAUCAACGCGCUGCGCCGGUUCAUCGCUCGCCGCGGCUGCCCCACGGAGCUGUGGAGCGACAACGGGACCGCUUUCAAGGGAGCGAACCGCGAGCUGACGGAGGCCAUGAGAGAGGCCGCCCACGCUCGCCGCAUCAACUGGCGUUUCCUACCCCCUUCCUCACCCUUCAUGGCUGGUGUGUGGGAGAGAAUGGUGAGAUCAGUAAAGGAAGCCCUGAAGACCACGCUGCACGAGCGAUGCCCGAGCGAUGAGACACUACACACCCUGAUGGCGGAGGUCGAGGCUACGGUCAACUCGCGACCCCUGACCUAUGUCGCGACCGACCCAGAGGACCCGCCCGCGCUCACUCCGAACAUGAUCCUGCUCGGGCCAGACUGCCACUCCCCAGCCCCGGGAGACUUCAAGGACAGCGACGAGAGCGCGCGGCAACACUGGAGGCGCGCCCAAUACCUGGCCGACACCUUCUGGCGCCGAUGGGUGCGCGAGUACGCCCCUCUACUUCAACACCGGCGGGAGCCCCGCGGCGAGGGCGUCGAACCAGCCGUCGGCGACGUCGUCAUAGUGUGCGAUAACAACCUCCCACGCAACACAUGGCCGCGAGGGAGAGUGACACAGACGUAUCCAGGCAAGGACGGAGUAGUACGAGUCGUCGACGUCACCACGAGCCGCGGUCACGUCCUGCGCCGGCCCACUAAGAAGAUCGUCGUUCUACCAGUAGGAUCGCACGGCGACGGCGGGAGAAAUGUGAACGACGCAAGAGACGUCAUUUAA